UUUUAGAUAAAACUAUUCCUCAAAGUUUGGCAACACUGGUUUUUUUUGUUUAUGAAUUAACAGUUGCUAGUGUUUUUUGGUACCUAUAGGCUAUAGUAAAAUUUUAAAAAAAGGAUCUCCUUUUAAAGUUGUGAGUAAACCCAGAAAGUUUAUUGGUAAAUUGGUAAAAUCAGUUGGCAACACUGCAAGCAAGAGUUCCUUAUUUUUCGGUGUAAAAACAUUGUCAUGCUUGCCAAAGUAUACUUAAUAAUAUAUUAUAAAGUUAAUACAACUAGGUAUUCUGCUCAUUAAAAUUUAAUUUACCUAAUUGGUCAAGUUUCCUUGCACAAUGGAGCAAAUAUUGGUUAAAAAAGAACCUGAAGAACUAGUCGACGAUUCUGAGAAAGCAAUAAAAAUAGAUCAAAUAUAUAUAAAACAAGAAAUCGAAGAAGAAUUGGAUGAUGUGUUGUUUGACAAAGGGUACAGCAGUUUGACAGUUAACAUGUUCAAACAUGCAGCAAGUGACAGUUUUAACCCAAGAUACCUACACGGCCUGCCAAGUACUUCUGCUGAUCAAGAACCGCCUUCAACCUCUGGGAUAGCAAUAAAACAAGGAAUGGAUGAUGAUAAAGCAUGGCUCGACAAAGGGACAGACAGUGAAGUUGUAAAUAAAGAAAUACUGGCAAAAGAAGUUCUCUCAAAAUCAGAGAAGGAAUGUGAGGAUGUUGACAAAGUUGGCAAAGAAAAGUUAUUUAAAUGUGGAAUUUGUUUGAAGAAAUAUCAAACAAGGGACGGUUUAAAUGAUCAUAAAAAGUAUUUUCAUAGAAAAGAAGAACUGGAAAAAUUUAAAUGCAACAAAUGUGAUUACAUCACUGUAAGAAAAGGUAGUUUUAAAAUUCACUUAAAAACUCACAACAAGACAAAUUGUUUAAAAUGCCAUUUUUGUCAAUAUAUGGCUGUUACAUUACAAACACUAAAUUCACAUAUGUUAAGCAAACAUAAAGAAGAAAAUAAAAUAAAAAUAACAAGCAAAAUACAUCAGUGCACCAAAUGUUUAUACUCAAGUGUUUAUAAAUCAAGCUAUGAUAAUCACAUUAAGGUUUGUUGGAAAUUAAAAGAUGUCAAAUGGUACCAAUGUGAAAUUUGCCACUACAAAACUGUAAGAAAUUCUAACUUAAUAAAGCAUAUAAAAACUCAUAACAAAAUAAAGGAAUUAAAAUGUUCAUUUUGUAACGAAUAUCAAAGUGAUAGAAAACUAAAUUUAGACAACCAUAUUUUAAUUAAACACUUGGAUUUGUUAAAUGAAAACAAUAAAAAUUUAAUAUCAUCCAAAAUACACUGUUGCCAACUUUGUGAGUUCAAAACUGCAAAAACAAAUAGUUUAAAAAUGCAUUUUAAGAAUAAUCAUUAAAGCUAUUUAAUUUAAGUAUUCUUACCGAAAUUACAAAGUUUGUAAUUUAAUUUUAAGUCUACCUAGUUAAUAAAUUAUUAUUUUUAAUUGUUGUUAUUAUUACUGCGCGUGCUCCUUAAAGUACCACCUCUUCUACUCUAACUAACCCGAAUGAAAACCCCAAUGC